GCAAACCUUCUGCCCAUCCGCUGUGGUGAUUCGUGGGUAUCGGGCAGUCUCCAUCCCAGAAGUUCUCGGCAUGCCGUUGGAGCCUAUGAGACUGAUUCAUUCAGCGUUCGGGCAAUGUGGUGGAGCUUGCCCACUUACGUCAAUAAUUUAAGAGCUUCGACUAUGAUCAGCCAUAUAUACCCCCACCGAGGAAUCCAGCUGCUUCCCCAAUUCCCGCUGCUACAAACGUCUGCCCUUGACCGCAUCGGCCCUCUCUACACCAUUGCAAACACAGCACCAUGGCACCCACCUCUCAGAAGCAGUGGACGGUCCUGAACAAGGACAACGACUUCGCCGGCCUCACCUUCGGCGACGCGCCUGUCCCGAAAGUCGGUGAAAACGAGGUUUUGGUCAAGUUCCAUGCCGCGUCCCUGAACUUCCGUGACUUGAUCAUCCCCAAGGGAAAGUAUCCUUUUGCUCUUAACCUUCCCGUCGUCCCUGGCUCCGAUGGUGCUGGUGAGGUGAUUGAAACCGGAUCGAAAGCCUCACAGUUCAAGAAGGGGGACAGGGUCGUCACUCUGUUCAAUCAGCAUCAUCAGUAUGGUCCCAUUGAUGCACGAGCUGCCAGUUCCGGCCUUGGUGGCGUCAUUGACGGCACUCUUCGUCAAUAUGGAGUGUUCAACGAGAACGGCUUGGUGAAGUGCCCCCAGAACCUGAACUACCUGGAGUCCAGUACCCUUUCGUGCGCGGCGCUCACAAGUUGGAAUGCUCUGUACGGAUUGAAGCCCUUGCAGCCCGGACAAACGGUGCUGGUGCAGGGAACUGGUGGUGUUAGCAUUUUUGCUCUGCAGUUUGCCAAAGCCGCUGGUGCAAGAGUUAUUGCUACCACCUCUUCCAAAGAGAAGGCGAAGAAGCUGAAGGAGCUGGGCGCUGACCACAUCAUAAACUACACGACUGAGCCCAACUGGGGCGAUGUGGCCCGCAGCCUCACUCCGGACAACGUGGGUGUCGAUCAUAUUGUUGAGGUUGGAGGCAGCGGCACUCUCAACCAGAGUUUCAAGUGUAUCAAGUUUGAGGGUGUGAUCAGCAUCAUCGGAUUUGUUGGAGGAGUUGACCCCAAGGCCAUGCCUAACGUCCUCGACACUCUGGGCCACAUCUGCACCGUCAGGGGUAUCUAUGUUGGAAGCAGAUCCAUGAUGAACGACAUGGUCAACGCGAUUGAGGCCAACAACAUCCACCCGGUUGUGGAUGAGAAGGUCUUCACCCUCGAGCAGACCCUGGAGGCCUACGAGUACAUGUGGGCCCGGAAACAUUUCGGAAAGCUGGCCAUCAAAAUCGAGUAAAUGGGGUAGCGAAGACGUUGGGUAUCUGGCCUUCUUGAUACGAUUAUAAUGAUUCAAGUGACACUGUACAAUGCCA